GCCAGAUGUCCCUAAACGCAAUAAAGAACAACUACAGAUACGACAAGGCCAACAAGGCUGGCAUCUCGUACGACAAGGGAGAGCUACGCACCCUGACGCUGGAAACUGAGCAAAGCCUUCGAGAAAAGCUCUGCGACUUGAAGACGAGUCAAUUAAGGAUGGAGUUCAGCAUCGCAGUGUACGACAUCGAUUUCGACGCCACUGGACCGGCUUGUCCCGCCCUGACCAUCAGCGGUCCAUACCGACGCUUGCAGAUGGUCCACAAGCUACGAAAUUUUUUCAGGGACCGCUUCCGGAAAUCUACACACGCCAGUGAAUGCAAAAGCAUAAAACUCUGACUGAGACGUGAUAGGCCGGAACAAAUGCGUCAUAAAGCUCCGCCCAUUGCAUAUGGAGAGACGCACGUGAGAUAUAAUACGUUUUCAUGCGCCUUAUAUAGCUUCAUUCGCCAUUGCCAGUGUCCAAGCUUUAAAUGUUACAAGCAGUACAUUUGACUUAAGACUCUUCAUUUCUGGAUAGAUUAUUGUUAUCAUUGCUAUUUUAUAAAUUUCUCCUUUCUUCUCCUUC